GCGACAGCGGCCCUUAGCAACGGGCCGGGCCGCCCGCCGCCAUGGCCACCGCCGCCAGCCCUAGCGUCUUCCUGCUCAUGGUGACGGGGCAGAUCGAGAGCGCCCAGUUCCCAGAGUUUGACGAUCUCUACUGCAAGUAUUGCUUUGUCUACGGCCAUGACUGGGUGCCCACCACGGGUUUGGAAGAGGGAAUAUCUCAGAUCACCUCUAAAAGUGGAGAUGCACAGCAAACCCUUGUGUGGAAUUUUCCGAUUGACAUCACCUUUAAAAGUACCAACCCCUAUGGCUGGCCUCAAAUAGUAUUAAGUGUUUACGGACCUGACAUCUUUGGAAAUGAUGUUGUCCGUGGUUAUGGAGCUGUUCAUGUUCCCUUCACGCCUGGAAGGCACGAACGAACAAUUGCUAUGUUUGUUCCAGAAUCAACAUCAAAGCUGCAGAAAUUCACAAGCUGGCUCACAGGAAGGCGUCCAGAGUUCACCGACCCAAGGGUGGUCGCCCAGGGAGAAGGACGAGAAGUGACCAGGGUGCGUUCCCAAGGCUUUGUGACCAUUUCCUUCAACGUCGUGACUAAAGACAUGAAGAAGUUAGGCUAUGAUGUAAGCCCGAGUGACAUGCAGAAUCCUUCCCUAAUGUCUCUGACCGAGGGGAUUCAUAAAUAUUAAACUAGACAGGAGCUUUCCCAAGGCACGAACGGGAGCGACUGCCCACGCUGACUUCUGUUCUUCCGCUGGAAUUGAAUGACUUCCUAUUCUUAGAAAGUUUUGCCUGGAGCUCUACUUUCCAAAUAAACUCCAGCCGGUUUGGCCUCUGUAUGAUAUUAUAUUGCAUCUAUGUACAAAACACAGUGCGACGUGUUAAGCAGACAGGGUUUAUGAAAAUGUGUAUGAAUCCUAAUGCCAUUGGAUUAGUAAAUGGCUACCAUUUUAAGAUACUGUAACCAGUUUCAAGACACGGUGCAUAACAAAACACUUUUUGUAAAAUAAUCUUUUGUACAUUUUUAUUUACUUACAGAAUUGCAUGUUUUUACAUUGUUAAAUGUUUUCGUCAUACUCAGAACGCUAGCAUGAACCCAAAGCCAUUUACUAAUGCUUUUAUAAUAGUCGUGUGAAAUCCAAACUGAAAUACCUUGAAAAGAAAGGGAGUCUGAGAAUGUUUAAUGAAACAGUCAUGCUCUUUCCUCUACCACGGCAGCACUUCUUGUCUGUGCUGCUAUUGCAGGUUUCCGUUAUAAUCCCAUUUCAGUGCUUUAGAAGUUGCCUGUGACUAAGAUGUUGAAUAAAGUGUAAAAGUAAAUCCUCCCAAAAUUAUCAGCAAGAGCAAUUUGGCUUUUGAUUUUAAAGCAAGUACUGGGCACACGCACACAUUGCUUUCCCAUUUCCAGAUUUUUUCCCCCAAUCAAGCUUAAAGCAAACCCUAUGUGGUUCAUUUUAGAAAACAAAUAAUUCCCCGAGAGUGUUGUGUUCAGCAUGUCCUUGCUGCAAGCUCUUCAAUCUCAUCUAUGUGCAGCGAGGGUGAGGAUCUGGGAAAGCCAAAUACAGUCCAAGCACACAGGAUAUGGGCACAGCCACAAGCAGUGAGCAGUCCUCUACCCCAAAGGGCAUUAGCUGGCGCAGGGGUAGCGGUCAGGCCACAUCUCUCUCCCCACGUGUCCAUUUGGAGUCUGCGUUCUGUCCACUUGUGCCAAAGACAUUUCUCCCGUCAGCCCAGCUCUACAAAGCAAUAACUCUCAGCUGAUGGCCCUGGGCCUCACCUGCAAUACCUCACUCUACUGCCUGGGCAAGAUCAACAGACAGAAGAGGGGCUUUGCCGGAGGUGUAUUCGUUUCCCCUGGAAUUACACCGUGGCUUUCUGUAAUUGGUAAAGAGAAUAAUCAAACCACACUGAAUUUGACAGGCAGGCUUUUCUCCACUCCUUAAUUCUCUCCCUGAGGUUGGACAGUCUUGUUCCAACUCAUCACAGUGACUGCUCCCCUGUCUCAGGGGUCUGCCGUAUGAGGGUGCUGAAAAUGACCUUUGUUUUGCAGAGCUUCUCUUGAUGCCUUCUCCUGAUGCAUUUCAAUGAGUCCUGUUAUAAGCCAGGACUAGUGAUCUCUGCCUUUGGACUGAAAAAAACCAAGUAUAAAUAUUUCUCUUUGUGUCCUCUGCGCUGCUUUUUCUGUCUUGGGGAAACAUGUUAAUCCAAGAUCAUCUUGUGCCCUUUGUACCUGAGGUGUACGUGUUAAAUCCACUGUGAGACAAUUUAGUCAGUUUGAACGUAAAUUCAGGGCAUGCAAAUUUGCAAAGUUUGGUCUCAAAAGCUAGAAGACCAGAUUUAACAUGAUCCCUGUCCGUAUGGAAAUCACAGCGACAUUAAAAAAACAGCACAAACGAAAAGUACCAGGCAUUUGGAGUACCUAUGAUGCAAAGAGCACUGCUUGUAGUUCCUCAUGCUAUAGAGCAGUCCAUGUGGACACUAUUUGGAAAUAUAAUUUGCAAAGCUAAUAUAAAGCAUCUUGGAAUUUUUGUCUGUUCCCUAGUAUGUUUUGUAUGGCCAAUGAAUGGUUUUAUACGUGUGUUCUCCAUAAAUUACUUUUUCAUACAUUAA